GGCGGCGCCCGGGGUCCCGUGCGGUGGCCGUCCUGAGUGCCACCGCCCUGGGCGGCUUGGAGCCGCCCCGUUCGAAAGAACCGCCCCCAGCCGCUGCUCCACAGCCGCGUAGUAGACAAGCCCAGGCCCCGCCCGGGACGGCAGCCACACCAUGGAUGUUCCUAGCUCUUCCAGCUCCCGCUUCUCGGUCGGCUCGGCCAGCCCCGGCGCUGUGCUCGUCUACGCGAAAGAGCUCAAAAAGUGGGAUGAAUUUGAAGAUAUCUUAGAGGAGAGGAGGCAUGGCAGUGACUUGAAAUUUGCCAUGAAGUGCUACACACCCCCCUUGUACAGGGGAGUCAUCCCCUGCAAGCCAAGUGAUAUCAAGUCCAUCGUUCUCAAUUCUGAAGAGAUGCACUAUGUCAUCAAGCAGCUUUCCAGGGAGUCCCUCACAUCUGCCGAUGCCCUCCGAGAGGAAGCCAGGGAGAUCCUGGAGGAAAUGAGCCACAGACUGCGCAUGGGAGCCAUCCGCUUCUUUGCCUUUGUCCUGAGCAAAGUCUUUAAACAGAUUUUCUCAAAGGUGUGUGUGAAUGAAGAAGGCAUUCAAAAGCUACAACGAGCUGUCCAGGAGCACCCUGUAGUCCUGCUGCCCAGUCAUCGGAGCUACAUUGACUUCCUCAUGCUGUCUUUUGUUCUCUACAACUAUGAUCUACCUGUGCCAGUUAUUGCAGCGGGAAUGGAUUUCCUGGGAAUGAAAUUGGUCGGUGAGCUACUCAGAAUGUCUGGGGCCUUCUUCAUGCGGCGCACCUUUGGUGGAAAUAAACUGUACUGGGCUGUGUUCUCCGAAUAUGUGAAGACCAUGCUACGGAAUGGUUAUGCUCCUGUUGAAUUUUUCCUCGAAGGGACAAGGAGUCGCUCAGCCAAGACCUUGACUCCUAAAUUUGGUCUUCUGAAUAUUGUGAUGGAACCAUUUUUUAAAAGAGAAGUUUUUGAUACCUACUUUGUUCCCAUUAGCAUCAGUUAUGAUAAAAUAUUGGAAGAGACUCUGUAUGCCUGUGAGCUUCUAGGAAUUCCUAAGCCAAAGGAAUCAACCACUGGGUUGUUGAAAGCUCGACGGAUUCUCUCUGAGAACUUUGGAAGCAUCCAUGUCUACUUUGGAGACCCUGUGUCACUGCGCUCUCUAGCUGCGGGACGGCUCAGUCGGAGCACAUAUAACCUGGUGCCAAGAUACAUCCCUCAGAAACAGUCCGAGGAUGUGCACGCCUUUGUCACUGAAGUCGCCUAUAGGAUACAGCUUCUGCAAAUUGAAAACCUGGUUCUGAACCCAUGGCUUCUGGUAGUUGCCAUUCUCCUUCAAAACCAGUUAUCCAUGGACUUUGACACCCUGGUGGAGAAGACACUGUGGCUAAAGGGCUUGACCCAGGUGUUUGGAGGGUUCCUGCUUUGGCCUGAUAACCAGCUUCCUGAGGAAGUGGUCCAAUCCAGCAUCCUUCUGCACUCCAACCUGGCCAGCCUUGUCAAAGACCGGGUGGUUCUAAAAGUGGACUUUGAAGGCUCAGAAAUGGUCAAAGGAGUUGUGCUCCACCACAUCACCUUCCUCAUGUGCUCGGCCUACAAGAACCAGCUGCUCAAUGUUUUUGUCCGUCCUUCCUUAGUAGCUGUAGCCUUGCAGAUGACACCUGGGUUCAGGAAAGAGGAUGUCUUCAGUUGCUUUUCCUUCCUACGCAACGUGUUUUCAGAUGAGUUCAUCUUCCUCCCAGAAAACACACUCAGGGAUUUUGAGGAAGGCUGUUACUUGCUGUGUAAAACUGAGGCUAUACAGAUGGCUGGGAAGGACAUCAUCAUCACAGACAAAGGGAGCGCUGUGUUAGAAUUUCUCAUAGGGCUCUUUAAACCUUUUGUGGACUCAUACCAGAUACUUUCCAAAUACCUCUUGCAUGAAGAAGAGGACUGCUUUACUGAGAGACAGUACUUGGUUGCAGCUAGGAAGUUCACCAGUCAGCUUCUGGAUCGAGGUGCCUCUCAGUGUUAUGACGCACUGUCUUCUGACCUGCAGAAAAAUGCCUUAGCAGCUUUCGUGAGACUGGGGGUGGUAGAAAAGAAGAAGGUAGAUAAUAGCGUCGUGUUUAGUGUGAACGAGUCUGCCACAAGCAAAUUAGAAGAAAUGCUUGAUUUUAUUUUAUCUGUGUGGAUAUUUUUACCUGCAUGUGUGUAUAUAUACCACACGUGUGCAGUAUCCACAGAGGCCAGAAGAGGGCAUUGGAUUCCUGAGAACCAAGGAGCUGUUAAAUUUCUGAUGUAAAACACCCAUAGGAAAACCAGUCACUGCAAAACUUUAGUAAUCAUGAAGCGGUUGUGGAAAAUCCAGUUCCACAUGACAGUCAAAAGGACUCACUGCCACAAAUGGACAUAGAGAGAAGGAUGUGUUUUCCGUCUCCGAGACCUUGUGAGCUGUACUUCUGCCAAGAGGAGGAAAUGGUCAGUGAGAGCGUCAGUGUGAUCUUCUGACACAAUGACUGCUGGCAUUCAUGUCAACUGUGUGUCUAAAAUAAAAGCUUUUGAAAACAUUCUUGGAAAGCAGA